AUGUCUCUCCCCGCAGGUCAGGGAAUCCUCCACCUCCAACUCCCCUCCUCCCAACCGGAACGCAUCUAUCACGCCCGCCGCGCGCAUCGGAAAUCCCGCAAUGGAUGCUCCAAGUGUAAACAACGCCGAGUCAAGUGUGACGAAUCGAAACCCCACUGCCUCCGCUGCCAGAAGCUCAACCUGGACUGUAGCUAUGAACCCAGCAGCAGCAGCAGCAGCAGCAGCAGCAGCACGGACCCUGAGAAAACAAUGACCCGGUUCCUGACCAGCUCGCCAGACUCCAGAGCAUACAACCUAGCACAAAAUGCCGUAGGCACCCAGCUCCACGACCUCCUGCAGCUACCGCAGGGAGCCUCGCCCUCUAUCCGCGUCGAGGCCCUGCAUCACUUUUAUGGUCUCUCCGACCCGGCCCUCGGACCACAAGCCCCGCAAGCCGAGUAUCAAAGACGGGUGAUCCAGCUCGGAUUCGAG